CUAUUGGGUUUUCUGAAUUCAGUUAUUGCUUUUAUAUCUUUGAUUACUGGUGUUGAGUUAUUGUUGUUUGAAAUUAUGUUUUCUCUCUUCAUUUUGUCAAUUUUUCUCUCUUCAAUGAUCAGUUUCCACUGAAUGUUGUCUGGGAUCCCUUUAGUUUCAGUGGCAUUUAUUUCACUCAUUUAUUUUGCAUUGCCAAUCUUGAUUGGUCACAUGUGCGGGGAUGGUUUGUUCAAGAUGGAAAAAUGUUGCCCCCUCUCUCUCUUUCUGCAUCUCAGAUGUUCAUUCAGGUUGCGAAGGAGGUUGGAGGGACCUGCAAUCUGGCCCCAAUCCAGCGCCUGGACCUGUUGGUGCGAGAUUGGCAGCUCUCUGGAGCCUACGGCGCGGACGCGGGGCAGGAGUAUUUUGGAGAAAUCACACAGGACCUGGAGGUCUCUGCUGAGCAGCCCCUGGUGUUGGAAGCCCUGAGGUCAAGCGGCACCCGGUGCUACCUAUUGCCCCACCCCGGCACUCAGUUCAUCAGGAGCAGGGCAGGGAUGCCAGAUGACAUAGACGAGGAUUUCCGGCAGUGCCUGUGUGAGUACGUCACCAGUGUGGUGCACUCAGCAGGGACACACGUCUGGACAGACCGAGCCGGGCAGGUGCUGACGGGGGCUCAGCUAGCUGCCAGGAUCAAGAUGGCUGAGGCGUUUGCAGUGAUGAGACAGGAGUUAAACAGGAGAGCAGUAGAAGCCACCAGGAGGGAAUAUGACCAAUUUGUGCAGGAGCUGGACCGUGACCACCAGAGCAUGAGCAGCUGCCUGAGGGUGAAGCCCCUGGAGAUGCAGCGACGCCUGGAGGGGAAACGCCAGGAGCUGCUGGAGCGCUGCCGGGGGGAGCUGCGGGGCGAGGACCCCCAGAAACAGGCGGCCCUGGAGGAGCUGAAGAAGGAGCUGGACAAGCAGAUGGCGGAGUUCCUGCCGCGAUAUGAACAGCACUUUAAAAUGGCAGCGAUGAUAGAGGAGGAAAACAGAAAAGCAGUAGAAGCCUCCAGGAGGAAAUAUGAACAAUUUGUGCAGCAGCUGGACCGUGGCCACCAGAGCAUGCGCCGCUGCCUGAGCGUGAAGCCUGCGGAAAUGCAGCGACGCCUGGAGGGGAAACGCCAGGAGCUGCUGGAGCACUGCCGGGGGGAGCUGCGGGGUGAGGACCCCCAGAAACAGGCGGCCCUGGAGGAGCUGAAGGAGGAGCUGGACAAGCAGAUGGACGAGUUCCUAACGGCCUAUGGGCAGCACUUUAAAAUGGCGGAGAUGGCAGAGAUGAGAGAGAAGGCAAACAGAGGAGCAGUAGAAGCUGCCAGGAGGGAAUAUGGACUAUUUGUGAAGCAGCUGGACCAUGGCCACCAGAGCAUGAGCAGCUGUCUGAGAGUGAAGCCCCUGGAGAUGAAGCGACGCCAGGAGGGGAAACGUCAGGAGCUGCUGAAACACUGCCGGGGGGAGCUGCGGGGCGAGGACCCCCAGAAACAGGCGGCCCUGGAGGAGCUGAAACAGGAGUUGGACAAGCAGAUGGACCAGUUCCUGUCGGCCUACGGGCAGCGCUUUAAAGUGAAGAAGGCCGAGUGGUUGGGCCUGUACAUUGGGCCAUCGCCAGCUGCCACCGCGCGCCGGGCACGGGCUCGCCCCCACUGGCCCGUGCCCCUGCCAAUCAGCAAACGGCUCCGGCCCAUUGGCUGCCCCUUCAGGAGGUGGGAUGGGGGAAGCAAGGGAUUCAGGGACUUGUAGUUUUAUGUACCCAGUGGAGGAGAAGGGGGAGCUAUGGCGCUUAUGGGGGGGUGGGUCUAGUGGUUGGACCAGAGCC